ACACUCCGACGUCACCUGGCUGCGCACCACCGGGCGAGUUACCACAAGUGGUGCGACAAGAAUAAAUUCGAAUCAAAGCUAGAAGAUGACAUCAAGGCGCGAGCGGCAGCCACCUCGCAGAAGCAGACAAAUCUAGACGGUCAUGUACGCACGACGACUCGCAAAGAAGACGAGGUUACGUACUCCGAGAGCGCUUUCCGGAGUGCCGCAGUUAAGUGGCUUAUCGCUACUGAUCAGCCUAUUGCCGCGUUUGAACACCCCGCGUUCAUUACAAUGAUCAACAUCGCCUCCCGCGCAAAAGGUGCCGUGACACUUCCAAAGCGCGCAGCCACACGCCGCGAGAUCAUAGACAUGUUCCAUAAAUAUAUGAGGGACUUGAAGACACGUUUCUCAGUGAGCAAAACAACAUACAUUUGUACUGUACAGUGCUUCAAAUACCUAACGUCACUGUUGCCUAGGGCGAGAGUGUUCGCGGUCGCAUCUGCUUAA